AUGGCGACCCCCUAUGUGACAGAUGAAUCUGACGGGCACGCCGAGCACGAGCGUUUCUACGAGAACAAAUACGUCAAGUUCUUCAAGAGCAAGCCGGACCUGCCCCCUGGCAUGAGUCCGGAGGACGCCGCUCAGGCUCGGCAGCAGCAGGGGGCGCCAGCGAGGGGGGAGAGCGAGUGCGCAGCUGGGCUCUCCAAGACGGCCAAACGCAACCUCAAACGCAAGGAGAAGCGCAAGCAGCAGCAGGACAAGGGGAGUGGGGAAGAAGGCUGCCCCCCGGUGGAGGCUCUGGGUGCUGCGGUGGAGAAAAUCGAAAUCAGCGGGGGCGGGGGGGGCGGGGACAGUGCGCCCCAGCAGAACAGCACCCCCCCGGCCCAGCCUGAGGGGGCUCAGACAGCAGCCGCGGCCUCUGAGAAAGCCAAGAAGAUCAAAAAUCUCAGGAAGAAACUGCGCCAGGUGGAGGAGCUGCAGCAGAAACUGGACUCGGGAGAGAUCAAGCAGCCAACCAAGGAGCAGCUGGAGAAGCUGAGGCGGGCCCAGGGCCUGGAGGCGGAGCUGCGGGAGCUGGAGCGUGAUUCGUAGGGAGGCCUGUCUCUCAAAGGGAAAGGGAUGGUGUUUGUGGGGGGAGGG